AUGCACAUUCGUCAACAAGGAAUUGAUGUGUCAAACGCUGUAGGAUCUAGGGGUGUGUGGUGGGUGUGCGGGUGGACAGUAUCGGCGAGCGUUCCUGCGCAUGCGCCAGGACCAGAAGAGGCUGCGGUAGUAUCCUCGACGAUCUUUGAUAAAUCUACAUCCACCAAUUACCACCCUCAGGCCAUGUGGCUAGCUGUGCUGUUGCUGGCAUGGGUGACUAUUGUGAGUGGAUCCUCUUCCUCCCUAUCACUCAACAUCGGUUGUGAUCUUCCCCUCGCCACCACCACAGCUCUGUGGCGGCCCAACCAGACUCAGGAGCUACUUCUGCCCAACUCGGAUCGCAAUGGCAAGUUAACUUGGGAGGGUUCUGUACAUAUGCAGAGUGGGGACAUUCUAUUGGUCAGAAUUAAUGACACAGCAAUCCUGAAACCAGCUGUUACCACCACUUCGACAACCACAACCACGGUUUCUACCACAACCAUUACAACCAAGCAACCGUCCACUCCCCAGGGCAACUCAUCCACAACCAAUCCUGAUAAGAAUUUGACUGCUCCUUCAACAACACCCUCCACCUCCGUGGACCAUGUGAGUUCAGAAGUACAUCCUGGUUUAUACCACCCUCCCGAGAUAUCGGUAUAUCAGGCGACGCGGCCCGGCCAUGGCAGCUGUGAUAUCUCGGAGGGCGUUCUACUGGACAUAACACCACUCAGUGUUGAGGGCCUAAAAGUUGUGGCUUUGUAUGACAAGGACCUUAGUGACGGCCUCAACUUCCUCAUAGUGACCUCGGAUGCAUGGAAGGACUGUAUACAACUGAGAGUGUCUGUCAAGUCAGACAACUGUGGAGACAGUCAGGACUGUUCUGGCAAAGGUGUCUGCUACUCAAACUCAUCCAUGGAUGGGUACGAGUGCCAGUGCUGUCCUGGGUUCAUUGGACCACACUGUGAGGAGCAAGACGCUUGCUACCCUAGUCCCUGCCAGAAUCAUGGCAUCUGUGUAGACAUCUCCCAGGGCCACGACGGCACCACCUUCCAGUGCUUGUGUCCUUAUGGUUUCACCGGAAAGGUGUGUGAAGACACGUCAGACCCUUGUGAGUCCAACCCCUGUCAGAACCGAGGGAUCUGCAGUCCCAGUAACCUUACAGCCGCUCAGUUCAAGUGCGAGUGUCGGCCGGGCUACAGCGGACCUCACUGUCAACACAACCUGGACCAGUGUGCGUCCUCGCCUUGUCAACACGGCAUCUGCGUUGACCAACACGAUGGCUACCGCUGCUUCUGUCAACCAGGUUUUGCUGGGGAUCAGUGUCAGUACGAGUACAAUGAGUGUGAGUCGUCACCUUGUCUACACGGAGGCACCUGCACUGACCACAUCGGCAGCUACAGUUGUACCUGCGGACGUGGUUUUACCGGCAAACGUUGUGAGCAAAAGGUAGACCUGUGUGAUCCCAACCCUUGCGCUCACCGGCACAUCUGUGUUGACAAAGGUAACACGUACAGCUGCGAGUGUCCCAAAGGCUUUACUGGUCCAGACUGUCUUCUGCCUCGUAGAGCUGCUUGCAGUGCCAACCCUUGUCACAACGGAGGAACGUGCUGGAGUAGCGUAGACUCAUUCUACUGCGCCUGUAGACCAGGGUUCACUGGCAAAAUAUGCAAUGAAGAGGUGAUUAUUGACGUUGUGCCCAGUACUGCCGGAGCUUUGGAUGUUGACAACAACGUCCAUCCCAUGGAUCUGCAGAUGCCCAUCUCUAUUCAUCUGGACCAUCUACACAACAUCUACGUGGCGGCUGGCACUCUUGCCUGCGCACUGCUCAUUGUUGUACUCACGGUCGCAGCAUGUCACUGUCGUAUCCACGAGACCUACAAACACUGUUUCCUACGAGCCUCGCCACUGCUGCCGUGUAACAUCAAACGCUUUGACACCGACACCAAACCUACCAGGCUGGAGGUAGACAAGGAGCAUAUGCAGCCUCUGGCAGCGGCUCGGUCGUACCCUCAUCUGGACAGUUCUGAUAUGUACUACGCCCUGGACUUCAGUGACAGCCAGAGUUCUCCUCUCAUACAGUAGCCGUCUGUCAUGUCACCAAAGGUCCACCCCGCAAGCAGCAGACCUGCUUAGAUACCUCACCUCGCAAUGAGGUUUGAGGUUGCUUUUAAGGGUUUAUUUUGACUAUUCAAUUCUGAAAUACACCCAGCAGUCUCUGUGAUUGGACAUUGAUUGUUCAAUUUCAACAAUUGUUAUGACAAUUUUUAAGGGGUUGGAAAUGGUUUUUUAGCGUUGAGAACAAUUAAAAAUUGUUUUCGUAAUGAGUUUUCUUGGCUCUUUGAAUAACGUUUUUUUUAAUUGUCAAAUGUACGAUUGAUGCUAUGCAAUAUAAUGAAACGUUUAAGCGUAAUUAUAAUAAUUGAAACAUGAAAAAAUAUCUCUUUGGAGUGUAGUGAUCAUUGUUUUAUAAGGUAGAUUUGAUUACUUUGAAUAAUAACAUAAAUAACAACUAACUGAUAACACUUAUAGAAAUAUUCGCAAAUUUAGACAUUUUAUAUUUCCGCAUUAUGAAAUCUAUUGGAUGACUUUUCUGCUAUUAUGCAAGAACAAUCGUGAAAAACAAAUUGGUGUUUGUUGACAGUACAAUCUUACAAUCAUUUCAGUGAUACAAAAAACUGGUGCUAACUUUGCAGCAUACUUCCUAAUAAGAGGGAGAAGAUUUUAAAUUGAAAUUAAACAACUUGAGAUCAUUUGAAAGUAGGAAACCCUUUGUUAUUGUUUGUUAUAUUUAUAUUUAUUACAUUUAAUACUAAUUGUAUCUUUCCAUUACUAUUAAGAGACCAUUACUUAAUUAUUUUUACAAUUAAAACAUUAAAUGUUUUUGUAUUUUUUAAUUCAGAAAAUCUUGUUUGUUCAGUUUUCUAAAGCAGUUACAAAUUUAUUUAAACUUCCAGAACUGUACAAUAUUAAAAUCAAUUUCGUUUUCUUAUUUUAACCUGAACAAUGAAUCUGUUGGUCUGUGUGGUGGACUUAAGAUAGUUCAGUACUGUUAUGGUAUAAGUCGGUUGGGCAAUGUAGCGGUAAUCGCAGGGAUAAAGUAUUGGUCUUGAACCAGCAACGUCUGACAUUUCAGCCCAAGACAGUACCACUGAGUGUACAAGCUAUUGAGCAAGUUAUAUGAACCUAUGCACGUUUCACAGAGUUGCAAAAAUGGCGCAUUUCCUACAAAACUGCAUGGGAUGGUAAAAAGACUCUAUCAAAAACUUAGGCAAAAAUGGUGAUGUAUUUUAAUGUAUAAAAAAAAAACUCAAUUACUCAAAAAUGGCCAAUAGGAUAGUGAGUCAUUUGAGUUUUUAUUGUUGAGUUCCAGGUGUAUGUAAAAUUGUAUUACUUUGCAAUGGACUCUUUAUCGUUUUCUUCUCACAUAAUAUUAUCUACAAGGUUAAAGGUUGUGAUUUAAAAUAGUAUUUCUACCCAAUUUAUACCAUUUCCCACCAUCCCCACACGUUUAUUUUUUUUUAAAUUAUGCAAUAGUGUACUUUUAAAUUACUAAAUAUAUGUUUUUGUAAAUAUAUUCAUAAAUUGUAUAUGAGGUUAUGACGGAAUUUUUAAACCGGUGUAUAUACUUUGAGAUAAUAAAACCUCGCUAAUGCUCCUACACAGUUAUACGUACGAUUUCGACAAAGAAAAGUAUAUAAUUUGAAGUUAAACAUUGACAAUGUGUGUUCUAUUAUUGAUGUCUAUAUAUAAAUGGCCUAACAUUUUAUAUUGUUGUUAACAAACUGAAUGUUAUUAUAUGUUGAUGUUAUAAUUUUAAGUUAUAAAAGCUUUAGUUUUUUUCAACUUGACACAGUUUUUGUUUACUAGGAGGUUGAGCCUAUAGUCAUUGUAUUUUUAGUUGUGAAAGAAAUCAAAGAUCUAGCCGACUGUUUUGCCUCUGAGCCUCUAAUGACAAUAAUUUAAUAUCUCACUCAAAAUAUUUUUGUUUUAAACUUUUUGGAAUUGGUUUUAUUUUCAAAAAUGUAUAAAUUGCAUUGAAGUAUUAUAUUCCAAAUCAUUUGCUUUCAAACGAUGAGUAAAUAAAUAUCCUAGAACAUCUAAACUACGGUACACAAUGCCUAGUAGUACAAGUGGGAUACAGAUUUAGUUGAAAUAUACAAUUUAUCUUGUUUAAACCAUGAUGUAAAAACAGCUAGGUAACUAGGAGCAACGUAAACCAACAAAAUAGAAGGAAUUGAAUAUGCACAUUAAAUUUUCUUCAAAGCAAUUAUAAAAAAAUUAAUUAACCAAUAAUUAUUUGUAUCCACAUUAAUUUUAAUUUGUUCACUCCCAUCACUUUCUUUUAGAGCUUGGAAUUAUAUUGUUAAAGAGUACAAAUUAAAUUGACGAUGCCAUUGUAAUGUUACAUUGAAAGAAAUCUUUGGUGAUGCCCCCUGCUAUGCCACAAAUUAUAUAAACUAUUCACAUCAUAUUGGUAUAGCAGAAAAAAAUAUUAUUAUUUCCUUACAAGAUGAAUUGGAUUGCUGAUUAACCAUACAGGGGAUCUAAUUAAUUAUAGUUAUAAUUAAUGAUCCUGUAUAUAAAUAAUGAUUAUAAGAGAAAACACUAGUAUUAAAGCAAUAUUUGUUAUUUAGAACACCGUUUUACUAUUUAAGUAUUUUUUAAAAAUAUUUAUAGUUUUAUUAAAUUUUUAUAACACCAAUUAAUUAUUAAUGCAUGAAUAAUGCGCUCAUAAAUAUUUCUGCAGAGUAAAUAAGGUGCUUAUUGUACUUGUAUUUUACUACUUGUUUUAUAAAAUUAUCUCGACUAUUCUACAUAACAUAAUAUAUUUCAUAUUUAUUUAUGGCAGUUAAUAAACACUUCACACAAUAUAAACUUGAACAUAAAUAAAUGACAUUGUGUCAUUUAUGUAAUUUCUAGCUAAACAGCACAAAUAAUAUAAAGUCAUGUUAAACUUUUAUUUUUUCAUAUUGGUAUUCUUGUUUUGCUCAAGUUGGGCAUAAAUACUUACCUUACUUUAGGCCAUAAUACUAUAUUAGGUAAUAAGAAUUUAUUAGUGAAUUGUUAGAUUUUAAAAUAAAAAGUAAAGUAGAUAUUUAAAAAUUCAUUAUGUUUCAACUGUUCAAUUGUUAUUGUACCCUGCUUAUAAGGAUUUCCUUUGUUUUUGUAAAAUGCCAGUUUAAACUACACUAAAUUUCUUGUAUUAUUGCACUGUGUAUGAUUUUUUGCUUCAUACACAAAAAUACGAAAACAUUAUUUGUACUUACAUAAUUUUGAAACCUUAUAAUAAAAGUCAGUUAAAGUUUGUUUCAAACAAUUAUUUAUAUUUCUAAUGCUGCUCAAAUAGACGUAGUUGAAAAUUUGUAUACUGUUGUCUGUUAAAACUGUGCAUCCCAGUGUUAAAUAUCAGUGUAAUAAUUUUAAUUAUUUAGCUAAGCUUUUGUCAAUUAUUGUGAUCACUGUUCAUGUAUUUCUAUCAGUUUGAUAUCACUUUGCUUUACGGAAACUCAAUUCAAAUUAAAAGAAAAUAAAUUACUUUAAAACAGUAGUGUGGAAGUUUUUAUUUCAAGAAUUCAGGAUUAAAAAGAUUCACAGAAAAUAUAGCUGACGUUGCAGUUACUGUUAGAAAAACUAAGCGAAAGACCCCCUUUAACUUCAGAAAAACAUAUUUUGGCUCUACUAUGUCCUUUUGUAGAUGAGAUCAACAUGUGAGAGAAAAACUGCAGUAGGUAAAAGAAUAAUUUAUAAUAUUACAUUAUUUACACAAUCCUACCGCUCAUAGUCAUAGUAUAAAACAUUACUAAAUUCCCUUGCUAAAUCUUCAAUACUUAUAAAACCUAAUGUCAAUGUUUAUUAUCCAUAUUAUCAGGUACAUCAAUGUCCUCAACUACUUUCAGUUUAUUGUGCAGUUCAUUUAUAGCUUCCUCUUCUUCUGGUAUUGAAUCACU